GAGAUCUUGAGCCAGGACCCCGAGGGCUGGGGCAGGAGCCCACGUAGGGCAGGAAGGCGGUGAAAUCGGUAUCGGCUACGGCAGCUGGAGUAGCAUUGGGGACUUCAGGUGGUGGGAACCCCGGCCAUGGAACAUAUUACAGUGCCCAAGGUGGAAAAUGUGAAAUUACUGGAUCAUUAUGUGGGUAAGAAACCAGCCAGUGGGAUUCUAUAUCUUACUGCAGCCCACCUGAUCUAUGUGGAAGCUUCUGGUGCAGCCCGGAAAGAAACAUGGAUUGCACUGCAUCACAUUGCAACUGUGGAGAAGUUGCCCAUCACUAGCUUGGGCUGUCCCCUGAUCCUCCACUGCAAGAACUUUGGUGGCCCACUUUGUUUAGACUCUGAUGUUGUGUGCCACGAGGUUUAUAUUUCACUACUCAAGCUUUCUCAGCCAGCAUUACCUGAAGAUCUGUAUGCUUUUACUUGUAAUCCCAAAUCCUCAAAAGAGGUGAGUGAAAAUGGAUAGAAACUGAUUGAUCCAAUAUCUGACUUUGGACAUAUGGGAAUACCCAACAGGUACUGGACCAUAACAGAUGCCAACAGAAACUAUGAGGGACAAGAAGAAAAAACAAAAAGGGAAGUAGCUGUCUUACAACCUACUCUUGUUUCACAGCUGUUGGUUGAGAAGCAAGUCUAUGAGAAAACGCAUUCUGUGUGGUCUUUCUUGGUUCAGAGGAAACCAGACUUCAGUAAUCCUCUCUAUAAAGGCAACACUAUGUAUGGGGUGCUCAGUUCCAGUACUGUGCCAUACAACAUUCAGUUCUGGUGUGAAAUGUGUAACCGCUUUAACAAAGGGCUCCAACCCAAGCAAAAUAUGCUAGAAAGCCUCGGCCUGGAAAUUAAGAAGCAGAGGGAAAAGCUGGACAUAGAUGUGCACAAAUUAGAAAAGAAACUGAAAGCCCAUAAUGAAGUACCAGAAGAAAUCUGUACCUGUUCUAAAUUAGGGAAUUUAUUAUUUCACUAUCUGGGGUGUCCUUUGGCCAAUCCCCUUGGCUUUAUGGGUAUCGAUGGAGACCUGAAUACCUUGGUGGAAAAUGGCACCCUGUCUAGAGAAGGAGUCCUUCGCGUUCAGAUGGAUCAAGUGAAAAGCCAGUGUACAGACUUCCACCAUGACUGUUGUGGAAUCAUGGGCAGCCUUAGGGCCACAAACAUUUCUGGGGAUGUAUACUUCUCUAGUGACACAGGCAUCUCUGAGGCCAGGGAGUUCUCUGGGGCAGUGGGCUUCCCUGGAGACAUUAGUAUCUCUGGGUCCAUGAGCUCCUCUGGGAGCAUGGGCAUCUCUGAAGACAUAGAAAUCACCAAAAGCAGUACCAAGGAGGCAGGCUGCACCAAGCAACAGUUAGCUACUAUCUGCCUCCAUGCUAGGUGGCGGGACGUGAUAGCUGGUGCCGAAACCCGGGACGAAAACCUGGCAUCCGAGGAUGGAGUGGAACUUCUCACCCUGCAGCGAUCUGAGUGGACACCCUUUGGAAGAGUUACACAAGUGACUGACAUUUUGGAGAGUGUCUGUAUAUGUUUCUGUGUUUCCUCACGAAAGAAUAAGAGCGCUGUGGAAAGUUCGCAGGUAAAGCGACGUAGACUAAAGUUCGCGGGAAGCGACGAAAACCAGUUAGCGAGGACUCUCAGGCUGUAA